UCCUCUGCCUGCAGCUCUCUGCUCCAGCCAGUAUAGUUCUUGCAGCCGUAGAAUACUCAGGGAUAGAGGAUAGAGGGGGGGAUAUGGCAGGGAUCAUGGGAGGAGGAGCUGGGGGCGGCGGGAUGGCGUCGUCGAGGGUGCCGACGUGGAGGGAGCGGGAGAACAACCGGCGCCGGGAGCGGCGCCGCCGCGCGAUCGCCGCCAAGAUCUUCUCCGGCCUCCGCUCCUACGGCAACUACACGCUCCCCAAGCACUGCGACAACAACGAGGUGCUCAAGGCGCUCUGCGACGAGGCCGGAUGGACCGUCGAGCCCGACGGCACCACCUAUCGCAAGGGUAGCAAGCCUCCAACAGCAGCAGAGCGGGCCGGUGAUCUGCUGGCCCAUUCGGGCUCCCCAAGCCCGUGCUCGUCCUACCAGGUGAGCCCACGGGCCUCGUCGUCCUCCUCCCACAUCACGCUCGGCGCCGGCUGCGGGGGCGGCUACUUCGGCGGGGGAGUCGAGGGCAGCUCCCUCAUCCCAUGGCUCAAGAACCUCUCCUCCUCCACCAGCAACAACAUCGCCUCCUCCUCCAAGUACCCGGGGGGAGCCCACCACCCCUACUUCAACGGCGGCUCCAUCAGCGCCCCGGUGACCCCGCCGUCGGGCUCUCCGCCGCGCACGCCCCGCUUCAAGCGCGGCUGGGGCGAGUACCCGGGCGCCCAGGUCCAGCCCCCAUGGGCCGGCGCCGGCUCCAGCGGCUACGGCUCCUACAACUACAACUACGCCUCCCUCCCCAACUCCACCCCGCCGAGCCCCCGCGGCCGCAAGAAGUUCAUCGCCCCUGACCCGGCCUGGCUCGCCGGGUUCCAGAUCUCCUCUGCCGGGCCGUCUUCCCCGACCUACAACCUCAUGGCUUCACAGAACCCCUUCGUGGCCGUCAGGGAGGCCGCGGCCGCCGCCACCGCCGGCUCUUCCAGGAUGUACACCCCGGGCCAGAGCGGGGCUUGCUCCCCGGUCGUCGGCGGCGCCGGGCUGGUGAUCCGUGGCGACACACACAUGGCUGACCGUGCGGCGGCGGAGGACUUCGCGUUCGGCAAUGGCGGCGGCGGUGGCAAUGGCCGGGUGCCGGGGCUGCUGAAGGCGUGGGAGGGCGAGCGCAUCCAUGAGGAGAGCGCCUCUGACGAGCUGGAGCUCACCCUCGGGAACUCGAGCACCCGCGCAGGUGCAAACCAGGCCUGAAUCUGAAUCUCAAUGAAUGGAUCAUCAACAGGGAAGAAGAGAUGGAAGCCAUCACUGAUAACUUCGUCGGAUUUUCUGUUUGGCCAUCCUGUUCCCGGGGUCUCUCAAACUUUACUCCAGUUUAUUUCAUUUAUGCAGAACUUAUCGUCAGCUUAAAUUGCCCUAUAUUUUUAUCUGUUAAUUCCUUUUUCUCCGUUUCUCUUCUCUUUUUUUUAGACAUCAAAAGAAAAUAUGCAUGGCCAGAUGUAUUCUGGAUCGUCAGACAGUUGAACUGAAAUGAGAAAGACAUGUUUAAUUAGCUUGCCUGUA